UUAAUGUCACAAAAUCUUCCAUUUGUGGUGGUGUCGCUGUGUUCACAGGUAAGGCAAACUGCCCUUACUAUGCCAAAGCUGAACUCCUGGCUGACUAUCUCCAGGCUAACUUGCCAGACUUCAGAGUUCACAAGAUCACUCAGCACCCUGACAAAUGGGAGCAGUGGCUUCAUGACAUUUGUGAAAUGAAUGGAUGGGAACACAGAGGAUCUCCUAUCAUUUGGAGAGAACUGUUGGACCAUGGAGGGAAGGGUCUGCUUCUGGGAGGAAUUAAUGAUUUUCUGGACUAUGCUCAGUACUAUUAUGGCAUCACCUCGAUGAUGUUGAGUGAGGAAAUGUUAGACAUUGCUGAGGAGAACCUGCAGGCGCAUAUUGAAAUUGAAAAAGAGAAGGAAGAGAUUAAAAGUCUUAUCAAGCCUUUGCAGAUCUGGAUCACCAGUGCAUCAGCUCCAAUCUGUUAUCAGCUGAUCCCUCUCUUGGCAAAUGGAGAAGUGUUCGGGGCAACCACAGAAAUCAGUAUCCAUUUGCUUGACAGUGACCAGUUUAAGGAAGUUCUUUGUGGUAUUGUAAUGGAAGCUGAAGACAUGGCAUUCCCACUCCUCUGCGGUAUUUCAGAGCACACUGAACUAGAAGAGGCUUUUAUUCAAGCUGAUAUUGUCAUUGUUCUUGAUGAUGUCCUCUUAAACCAUGAAGUCCAAUCCCUUGAGAACUGCAUCAGAGAAGUGAGUGAGAUCUGUCAAGUGUAUGCUCCCCUGAUUGAGAAGAAUGCCAAGAGUGAGGUCAAAGUAAUUUCAUCAGGAAAAACCUUUGUAAACCUUAAGGCGGUGAUGAUUAUGACAUAUGGCCCAUCCAUUAAGCCUGAAAAUGUCAUUGCCGUUGCAACAUCCUGGGAAAGUGCAGCUAAAGCCAUGCUGGCCAGGAAGCUGAAUAUGAAUGCAGCAGGAGUUAAAGAUGUGAUUGUUUGGGGCAAUAUUACUGGCUGUAACUACAUCGAUUUGUCGCAUGCAAAACUUUAUGGAUAUGACUGUGCUAUUUGGGGCCCAGCUAAUUUUCCACAUCCUUUGUUGAAUAUGAUUUAUGAUAGCGAAUGGAUCCAUUCAGAAUUUCUGUCUGCACAGAGUUCACUGAGUUCCCGGAUCUGUCAUUGUAUGGGAAUGUUACCUGCUCAUGCAGUAGCCACUGUACUGAGAUACUGGUAUCAUGGCUCUCCUCCUGAGGAAAUCGUUUCUGUGGGAAUACUUACUAAAGGUCAAUUUUGCAUUCCUGAAGGAAUUGUCUUCUCUAUGCCAGUGAAGUUCCAGAACGGUAACUGGGAAGUCAUGACAGAAUUAGAAAUUAAUGAAACAACCCAAGAAGUUCUGGGACGCUUAGCCCAUGAGCUGAUUCAGGAAAAGCUCAUUGCACUAAAGGAAAUAAAAGAAAUACAUCUGAAUGGAGCUGAUAAAAAUCACUAG